AAAGCCCCGUUUCCGAGUUGAGGGUCCCUGAAGGUUCCGCCUGAACCCAGCUUCUGCUUUCUCCCUCUUUUCUCUCCCUGCAGGCCGUUAGUGGAGCUUCUCCCAUUUCUUAUUCACAGACUAGUCCAGGAGCGUUGAAAAAAAUGCAGGCUCCUUCCAACCUCAGUGGCCACGCUCCUCCCACCUCCGUCCUCCUCCUGGGUCUUCCGGGACUGGAGAGUGUCCAGGCCUGGCUCUCCAUCCCCUGCUGCUCCAUCUACGUCUUGUCCCUCUUGGGCAAUGCCACCCUGCUCUGGGUCAUCUGGACAGAAUCCAGCCUGCACCAGCCCAUGUACCUCUUCCUCUCCAUCCUGGCCCUCACCGACAUGGCCAUGCCCACCUGUGUCCUGCCCAAGAUGCUGGCCAUCUUCUGGACCAAGGCCCAAGAGAUCACCUUCGCUGCCUGCCUGGUGCAGAUGUUCACGGUCCAUGCCAUCACUGCUGUGGAAUCUGGGACGCUCACCGCCAUGGCCUAUGACCGAUAUGUGGCCAUCUGCUACCCACUCAGCUACACAACCCUGUUGAGCCCAAGGACAGUGGUCAAAUUCGGAGCAGCCAUUGCUAUCCGGGCUUUUGUAAUCAUCUUACCCUUUCCUUUCCUUUUACUGAGGCUGAGAUUCUGUCACUCACGAAAUAUCUCCCAUACUUAUUGUGAGCAUAUGGCUCUAGUAAAACUAGCUUGUGGGAACACCACUCCCAACAACCUCUAUGGGUUGGUUGUGUCCCUCCUCGUUGUUGGUGGAGACUUGACCUUCAUCUUUGUCUCCUAUGGACGGAUCCUGCGGACAGUGUUCUGCCUGCCCUCACUCGAAGCUCGUCACAAAGCCCUGGGCACUUGUGGGGCCCACGUGGGAGUCAUCUUCAUUCAGUACACUCCUGCACUUUUCUCCUUCCUUUCUCACCGCUUUGGGCACAGCAUCCCCCACAAUGUCCACAUCUUCCUGGCCAACUUCUACUUGCUGGUCCCUUCCAUGCUCAACCCCAUGGUUUAUGGGGCCAAGACCAAGGAGAUCCGUGUGCGGGUGCUGAUGGCUAUGGGCAUGCGAAGCAGGAAACUGUAG